AUCGGCAAAAGGUCUAGGGAUAAAAAAAAGGCAAACCGAGCGCAAAGAGAGAGAGGGAGGGAGGGCUGACCGAAUAAAUAACAGGCCGGAAUGGGGAUCUCAGCACAGGCCCGCAUUUCUGCCUUAUGAAUAAAAAGACGAUGAGACGCGCGACAGUCGUUGUAUAGAAAGGGCAGUUUAAACGUCAUAUAAAAUACACAGCUAUGUGCUGUGUGUGAUGGUAAAUACAUUAUAUUUUUGAUGUAUAUAAGUAUAGCUCGAUUAAGUUCGAUCUCCGGUUUUGUUAUGUCGGCUUUAAUUCCAGACUGGUGACAUUUAUUCUCCAGCCGUAAUACUUCAGCAUCACGGGCAGCGGUCGCUCGCCAAUUAGCCAGGAGCCGCGGGGGAAGGUCUGCCCCUCUGAGGCCUCGUUAUACAGAAUUCACAAGCACCCCUUACAGACCAGGUCAUUUGCAUCCCUGCCUGUCUUAAGGGUUGUUACCAUUACAUUAGCCCCUGUGUGGAUGAUUUGUUGGCCGUUGCUUGGCCCCUUGAAGGUGUGGGUGGAGUCGGACCCUCUGCCCCGUCUUGGGACCCCUCCCCCCCCCAUGGAAUGCUAGGAGUUGGUGCCAACGUCCCGCGUGUGGCAUCUCCGGAGCCCCGCCAGGAUGAAGAGCGACAUACCGCCCAGCGCGAUGCGCCAAUGUGACCCUGUAAAGGGGGCGCUGGCUGGCCCGGAGCCUGUGGAGGCCAAAGAUUUUGUGGGGGACGUGGAGCUUGUGGCCAAGGCAGGCAGCGAGCUGGCGCCCCUGUGUACUGACUCCCGGCAGGACGCAGCCAAGGCAGACCCAGGCAGGGGCCUUGGCGGGCGUAAGAAGCGCAGGGGCCAGCAAGCGGGCCCCUCGGACUGUGUGCCCAUUGAGGGCCAGAGUGAGGAGGAGCGCCCCCUGGAGUCCUCCCUCAGCGACUGCGUGUCGUCCCCUUCGUCCAGCCCACGUUUCGGGGACUCGGACACGCUCAGCUCUGAGGAUGAGGAGGGCCUCGGAGCGCCAUGGGUGGGGCCGAGGGCUGAGAAUCGCCGUCAGCCGCAGCAGUCAAAGGCAGCGCCAGCAGGGGGCACCGGCCGGCCGCAUGCCAUUCUGGGGCGGACACGGGGCAGCAGGACCCACCGAUGGCCGCAGCCAGAGGCGGAGGCCGUGCUCCUAAAGCGGCCCUGCCUGACCCACCGAAAGCAUGUGGCGAAGGGGGCUGUGGCCACAGGGGUGGGCGGGGUCAGCCCACGGACCCCCCGACAGAAAGAGCGGCUGCUGUUGCAGCGCAGGAAGCGGGAGGUGAUCGCCCGCAGGAAAUACGCCCUGCUGCACAGCAGCAGCAGCAGCAGCAGCAGCUCAAGCGAGGAGCUGACUAGCGACGACUCCUCAUCAUCCUCGCCGUCUUUCACCGGGCCAGAGGACGAGCUCUACGUGGACGUCAGCAGCAGCAGCAGCCAUGCCGAUGGCGCCAUCGUGGCUGCAGGCCCGCUGGACGAAGACGUGGUGGUGAUCGAGGCCACCUCUACCCAGCUGGUACAGCCCAGCGAGGAGAUCAACGUCACGUCCACAGACAGCGAGGUGGAGAUUGUCACCGUGGGAGACGGCUACAGGCCCCGCCCCUCAGGUGGCCAUGGCAGGAUGCAGUGGGGUCCCAGCUGUUCACAGGGCCGCGCGCUGGAGCACCGCAGCCGGCACCGCAACUCCACUGUCAUCCAGCCGCUGCGGCAGAGUGCGGGCGAGGUGGUGGACCUCACCGUGGAUGAGGAUGACCCCUCCAUGGCGGCGGCGUCCUCCGGGUCCAGCUCCCAGCCUAUGAGGUCGUCUUCCUCUUUUCUCAGUGCCUCUACCUCAGACCCCCCUCAUGACGGCCCUGGGCCCUCAUGCCGUGUCGCUGCCUUCGCCUCUUUGCCCCAGAGCACUCUGGGAACACAAGCCCACGGCGGCGAUAUCGCUGUGCCCCCCCUGCAGGAUGACGGCAGGAGAGGCUCAUUGGCCGUACCUGGGGAGGCUGGCAGCUCAGCGAUGCCCCGUCUCCCCUCCUGCUGCCCCCAGCACUCCCCUUGUGGAGGCGCUGCCCCAGGACACCUCCCCCUGGGCCACGCCCACUCCAGCUGCCAGCAAGGACCGCCCCCUUCCCAGCAUAGUCACUCCCACCACCCACAUCACCACCAUCACCACCGUGUGGCGUCUCCUCCGCAGCCACCGGUCGUCUUCCCGGAGCCCAGCUGCCCCCUGGAACGGCCCGUGGGGGUGCCAGGGAGCUGUCCGACGGCAGGCGGGGCCGCCAGCCAGUGCCAUGACCAGACCCUGCCUGUGGACCUGAGCAGCGGCGCACUGCGGGGGUCAGUGGCCAAUGGCCCCCCCGGCACCAGCUUCCACGCCGCCUCGGCCUUUGACCCCUGCUGCCCCGGCUCUUCCACGCGACCCCCCCUCUACACCUCGCAGGCCGCCCCACCCGCUGGCGCCAGCCAGCCCAGCACCAUGGACACCUUCAGCUCCGGCAUGGUGGCCCCCGCCCAGCUGUCGUCAUGCCGGCAGUAUGUGAACCCCCCCUAUGGCCCCCUGACUCGCCUGCUGCACCACCAAACCUUGUCCUCCUGCCCCCACUCUCACAGCAGCGCCCCUCCCGCAGCCCAGGUGGACUACGUCAUCCCCCACCCCGUGCACCCCUUCCAUGCCCCCCUGCCCCCCCACUCCCACGGGCACACCAUGCCCCCCGUGCCGCCACCUUCUCUGCCCACUGAGGCCCCGCUGGGCUCCUCCGUCCAGAGGCUGCACCAGCAUGAAGUGUUCCAGCGCAUGGAGGUCCAGAGGCGGAGGAUGAUGCAGCACCCCACGCGAGCCCACGAGCGACCCCCACCACAUCCCCACAGGAUGCACCCCAACUACGGACACGGGCACCACAUCCACGUGCCGCAGACCAUGUCCUCACACCCACGCCAGCCGGAGCAGAGGGCCGCCUGGGACCUGGGGAUUGAUGCCAGUGUCACUGUGACCCCCUACCCUCCGGGGCACCUGCCCCCCCCUCUGCCCCAUUACCACCCGCCCCCCCGGUUGCAUCACUUCCCGCUGCCCUUCAUGCACGCUGGCAUGCCGGAUGUCAGCUACCCGCACAUCCGCUACAUCUCGUCCAGGAUGCCGGGCUUUGGACGCUCAUAUGAGGAUCUGCUGCACCUGGAGGAGCGGCUGGGCACUGUGAACCGCGGUGCGUCUCAGGGAACCAUAGAGAGAUGCACCUACCCGCACAAGUACAAGAAGAGAAAACUGCACAGCAAGCAGGAUGGUGAUGAGGGGAUGGAGGAGGAUACGGAGGAAAAAUGCACCAUCUGUCUCUCCAUCCUGGAGGAGGGAGAAGACGUCAGACGCCUUCCCUGCAUGCACCUGUUCCACCAGCUGUGCGUGGACCAGUGGCUGCUCACCAACAAGAAGUGCCCCAUCUGCAGGGUGGACAUCGAGGCCCAGCUGUCCGCGGAGAGCUGAUGUCAUCCUCUUGGCCUUUCUGUUUGACUUUAGUCGUCCGUUCAUCCCUCGUUUUCUUGUCAGCACUGCAGUGAACCAAAGAUGUCAGGAAGCACCCACGGCGAUUCGGAAACAGUCCGAAAUUAUAGAGGAUAAAUGAGCAUCGAACUUAGUGCCAACUGUCACAUGACACCAGUAUUGCUCGGAAUGACAUCCUUAGUAAAGAUUUAAAAUUGAAAUGUAUUUAUAAGGUCUUGUUUUUGUAGCUUUCCUUAUUCCCCAGUGUCAAUUUUGUGUUUUUUUGUUUUUUUUUGUGUGUGUGUUAUUUUUUGCAUGGUUAUGUGUUGCGCAUUUCUUUGCACAUGUGGUGAAUUCGGCUCCUCCAGGCCUGAACUGGCAGGCAGAGGGCGCUGCUCUAUGUAACGGUGCAUUGCGAUGUACAUGGAGCGAAUGAGAGCUUAGCGUCCGUCUGUUAACACUGCAGGAAUCAUUGAUCAGUGAUUGUUAUUUUGUUCAGUUUCUGUGUAUGUGUCAUAUACCAUGUGAGCGCGGGCUGCCGGACGAGGUUCAGAGGAAAUAAACAAAUUGACAUUCCUUGAUUUGUGGUGGGGGUGAAAUAGGACCAGCGGCCCGAAGUGUUGCCGCGUCAGUGUUUCACCCAGUCUCGCUGCCUGGUGCUUCAUCAAGAAAGAACGACUUGAAAACCAUGAAACUGAGUACAGCCGUUUCUACAUGCUAACCCCAGCAUUCAGUGCUCUUUCUCCCAAGGUCAUUUUUUAAAUCCCCCCCCCCUUCCUCUUAGCUUGUAGGGAGGUGGACGGCAUGAGCUCUUGGGACUUUUACUCUGGGUUUCCCUACAUUGUGAACUGCCUGUGGAUCCACCAGCUCCCUGGGUGAUCUCAGCCUGCAGUCGCUGGUUUCAUGCCAUCUCCGUUUUCAAGCUGAUUGAGGACGAACUUCGAAUGGAUCUCCAUCUGGUCGUCUUGCUGUUUGUCCCGAUGUGCCGCCUUCCCCUUUCUGCUGGACCGGCAGGAGCGUCCUGCCGCUGACACCGGGAACUAAACACUAUUAUUAUUCUCCAAUAGUUAACUUGCAUAUACUUGCACAUCGAAAGAUGCGACGUGACAGCGGCCCCGUGAAUAUGAAAGUGACGUGAAAACGUGAAUCUUCUCCGAUUCCUGAGAAACUAAUCCUUCUGAAUGGAAAUACUGUUCUGUGUGGCCGCAAUCCAUGUAUUUGAAGGCCUGAGGAUUUCUGAGGGAUUUAUAUUAGUUUUAAAAAUAUAUUAAUAAACUUAGGAAACUA